AUGUCCACCCGCCCCCAAAACAUUGGAAUCAAGGCCGUUGAGGUCUAUUUCCCCAGCCAGUGUGUCGACCAAGCUGAGCUCGAGAAAUUCGAUGGCGUGAGCCAGGGAAAAUACACCAUUGGCUUGGGCCAGACGAAGAUGAGCUUCUAUAUCUACUCCAUGGCUCUUACCACCCUCUCUUCGCUCCUUCGCAAGUACAACAUCGACCCCAAGUCUAUUGGCCGUCUGGAAGUAGGCACCGAGACACUCCUCGAUAAAUCCAAGUCGGUUAAGUCCGUGCUCAUGCAGCUGUUUGCUCCCGCUGGAAACACAAAUGUCGAGGGUGUCGACACUGUCAAUGCUUGCUACGGCGGCACCAACGCUCUCUUUAACUCCAUUAACUGGCUAGAGUCCUCCGCUUGGGAUGGAAGAGAUGCUAUCGUCGUUGCUGGAGACAUUGCUCUUUACAAGAAGGGCAACGCUCGCCCUACCGGUGGUGCUGGCUGCGUUGCUAUGCUCAUCGGCCCCAACGCCCCUAUUGUUUUUGAGAGCGGUCUCCGAGGUAGCUACAUCACCCAUGCUUAUGACUUCUACAAGCCAGACUUAACUAGCGAAUACCCAUACGUCGAUGGCCACUUUUCCAUCAAGUGCUACACCGAAGCUGUUGACGCUUGCUACAAGGCGUAUAACGCCAGAGAGAAGACUCUCCACGCCGCUGUGAACGGAAACGGAACCGAUUCCGUUGACGAAUCCAAGACCCCUCUUGACCGUUUCGACUACAUGCUCUUCCACGCUCCUACCUGCAAGCUUGUCUCGAAAUCCUAUGGCCGGCUUCUCUACAACGACUAUAUUGCCAACCCCGACCAUCCCGCUUUUGCUGAAGUUGCCCCAGAACUCCGCGACCUUGACUACAACCAAUCUCUUUCCGACAAGGCCAUCGAGAAAACCUUCAUGGCUCUUACCAAAAAACGAUUUGCGGAGCGUGUUCAGCCAGCUAUCCAAGUUGCCACCAUGUGUGGUAAUAUGUACUGUGCUAGUGUCUAUAGUGGUUUAGUCAGUUUGCUGUGUAAUGUCGGCUUUGACCCAGCCCUGCCCAAGCGCGUCGGCAUCUUCAGUUAUGGAAGUGGUUUGGCCAGCUCCAUGUUUAGCGCCAAGAUUGUUGGAGAUGUUUCCAAUAUUGUUGAGAAGCUGGAUCUUCAGAAGCGUCUUGAUGCUAGAAGAGUUGUCGCCCCAGAGGUUUAUGACGAGAUGUGCCUCCUGCGCGAAAAGGCCCACUUGAAGAAGGAUUUCAUCCCUCUUGGCUCCACGGAGAAUAUUGUACCUGGAACAUACUACUUGACCAAGGUCGACGAUAUGUUCCGCAGAGAGUAUGAUAUCAAAGCUUAA